GCGAGUGGGAUCACUAGGGCUAUCGUGGCCCGAUCGAGCAUUCAGCUACCAGAUGUUGUUCUACUCGUUCUUCAAGACCCUGGUGGGGAAGGAGAUCGCGGUAGAGCUCAAGAACGACGUCGCUCUCACGGGCACGCUGCACUCCGUGGACCAGUACCUCAACGUUAAGCUGACCGACGUGCAAGUUGUCGACGCCGAGCGGUAUCCACAGCUGGGGGCGAUCAAGAACUGCUUCAUCAGGGGCUCCGUGGUGCGAUACAUCCAGAUCCCAUCGGCGGAUGUAGAUACAGAGCUGCUGCAGGAUGCGUGUCGAAAGGAGAGCGCGCAAGGAAAGUAGUCUACGAUAGGAGUAGUGCACGUUCUGUGUUGUUUGUUUCAACGUAUUUUACUGGUUCAUGCUGUGCCGAGUACAGACUUAGCUGUUUGGAGAAGGAAAGAAGGUUGAACAAGUUCUUCUAGACUUUUUGCCCACUGCUAGCGGUAGAUGAAAAACUUUUUUUUU